CCAAACACGAUUUCUGGUCCUCUGGACAUAUUCAACUAAUUGAUUAACUUGUUGCUUGAAGAACUGAUCAUCAUCAUAUCCAGAAAGGCAAUAUGAAUAAUGAAGCAGCUGCCUCAAACACCAGAUGGUUAUAUGACAGUCCAGUCAAUUCUGAUGUUGAAGCAAAGCUGAGGAGUUUCUUGCUUGAAUUAAAGAAUACUACUGAUAAGAUACUUGGAAUCCAGGUUUGUGCAUACAAAGACGGGAAAGUGAUAAUUGAUACUGCUGCUGGAGUACUCGGAAAAGAUGAUCCUCGUCCGGUUCAGCCCGACAGCUUAUUUAAUUGUUUCUCUGUAACUAAGGCCGUCACAGCUGGAAUGAUACAUUGGCUGGCUGAUAAAGGGAAAUUGAAGCUCGACGAAAACGUUGCAAAUGUUUGGCCGGAGUUUGGUACGAAUGGAAAAGAUCAAAUAAAGGUUAAUCAUGUACUUAAUCAUUCAGCUGGUUUACACAAUGCUCUUGCUGGCAUUUGUGAACAUGACCAAGCAUUAUUUUUAGAUUUUGACGAGUGCCUAAAACGCAUAGCUAUGGUUGCACCCGAGACCGAACCAGGUCAUGUACAGUUAUAUCAUUAUCUAUCAUUCGGCUGGCUAUGUGGUGGGAUCAUUGAGCAUGCUUCUGGGAAGAAGUUUCAGGACAUUCUUGAGGAAGCUAUUGUUCGCCCCCUUGAUGUUGAAGGCGAGCUAUAUAUUGGGAUUCCACCUGGUGUGGAGUCACGUCUCGCAACUCUUACCAUAGAUAAAGAUGAUAUCAUCUUGUUAGACCCGGAACACCAAAUCCAAAAAUCUAACCCGUUUUCCGCCUUCAUGCCUUCAUCAUACACGCUAGGCAUGGUUUCAAGCCUUAUUCCGCUAUCAAAUACUCUCAAUGCCCGUCGUUCCAUACAACCAGCCGGAAAUGGACACUUCUCGGCUCGUGCUUUGGCUCGCUACUAUGCUGCCCUUGUUGAUGGUGGUGUCGUCCCACCUCGCCAUCUACAGCCAAUCAAAAGCCACCCCACAAGUGAUGAGGUUGACACCAAAAUCUUUCCCAGCCCAAAAGAAAGAAUUCAUGAUGCAUUUUUGGGAAGUGGAGAUUAUAAGGAUUUGAUCCUCCCGAACGGGGCGAUUGGGCUUGGGUUUGUUAGAUUUAGCGGAACUGAUGGUUCGGUAAUCGGGUUUGGUCACGGGGGUUUAGGUGGGUCUAUGGGUUACUGUGACAUAAACAAUAGGUUUGCAAUUGCUGUGACCAUAAACAAGUUGUCUUUAGGUGCUUUGACCGGGGAGAUACUCAGGUUCGUUUGCUCGGAACUUGAUCUUCCUAUACCACAACUCUCUGCCGAACCAUCUACUAAAUGAAGAUCGAGGCUGGAUCUAAACAUGUUGAAGAUUGAUUUGAAUUUGUAAUGAUUUACUUUCUUUUAUUUUUGUUAAUCAAGAAGCUGAAAACAUAUCUACUAGAAAACUGCUAUUAUUCUCACCUCAA